ACAUUGAUACAUUGAUAAAUAUGAUUGAAUUUAUAUAUGAUUUGAAUCAAGUUUUUGUUUAAAAUUGAAUAAAUUUGAUAUCUUUAAAUACCAGUAACCAGUUAAGUUUUGGUCUUAGACUUAGACUUAGAUGGUCUGCCUCCAGCAUCCUCUCUCUCUCUCUCUCUCUCUCUCACACACACACACACAUACACACACACACACACACACACAAACGUAUUUCAUGCACAAGUGAUGGAUCUCUGGAAGCUCCCCUGUCUGAUGCUAAAUGUUUUGCCCCUUUCCUAUCCAUCAUUCAGAAUAAGCUGUCACAUUUGGGCAUAAAGAGAUGACUGUGCAUAAAUUGCAAUGAACCUAACUAACGACAGUUCUUUAGCCAAUAAAUAAUCACACACGUUGCGUGUAUGAUUAUUGUUGUGGUAAAACCUUCGUAUUGUUGUAAAAUUUUAUAUUUUUCACUGUACAUGGCUCCUGAAAACAGCUGAGGAGUGAACCAUCUUGGUCAUGUGAGAUCUUUUUUGCGCACGGGCUCGUAGUACAGUUUGUUCUUACAGCUGAGCGCUUCUCCCUUUGGUGCAGCAGCUCCAGUUGUUUACUUCUCGUUUCACCUCAGACAGCUCUAACAGCAUAUGUUGUUUAUCUCAUAUGCUGUGGAAUUUUAGAAAGGCAUGCCUUGGAUGCCGGGCGGCUAAUACACACUGACAAACGAUACAAAGAGCUCCCGGCAACUGUGACCGCCACAGGCAGGUCACAGUUGAACUGCCCGUUGCGGCUGCUGUGGUGCUAGCCUGUCAGCUAGCCAGCGUCUGUUAGCUCAACUGCCGCUCAGAAUGUGAAAAGUUGGACAAAAAUUCACAAGGGGCAAAUAACAGUGUCGAAAACGAGUACUGAAAGGGGUUUAGCUCCAGUGUCUGGAAUUAUUUUUGUUUGUGUAAGUCCCAUGCCGACUUUACAAGCUGUUUCUGCUGACUGUUUGGAGAGGGCAGAGACCGAGGGCGUGAAAAAUGUUGCUGCUUAGUGCAACACGCCUACUAGGAAGAGGGAAAACUUUGCUCCGAGAUCCCAUUAAGAGGAUUUGCGCAAACAUGUCGUUCAUCUCUCGUUCCGGGAAGAGACUGCGGGUCCUGGUGGACAUGGACGGAGUCCUGGCGGACUUCGAGGGGGGUUUCCUGAAGAAGUAUCGGGCCAGGUACCCGACGGAGCCCUACAUCACCCUGGAGGACAGGAGAGGGUUUUGGGUGUCAACGCAGUACGGGCAGCUGAGGAGUGACCUUUGUGAAAAAGCUAUCAGCAUCUGGGAGUCCAAAGGUUUCUUCAUAGACUUGGACCCGCUACCAGGAGGAGUGGAGGCGGUCAAGGAGAUGGCCGAGAUGAAUGACACAGAUGUCUUUAUUUGCACCAGCCCUAUAAAACAUUACAAACACUGCCCACAUGAGAAGUAUGCCUGGGUGGAGAAGCAUCUGGGCCGUGACUUCCUGGAACAAGUCAUUCUGACCCGAGACAAGACGUUAAUCACCGGCGACCUCCUGAUAGACGACAAACCCGACAUUCUAGGUGUGGAGCCAAAUCCAGCGUGGGAGCACAUCCUGUUCACUGCCUGCCACAACAAGCACCUGCCCCUCAGCCUCCCCCAGAGACGACUCCUGUCAUGGUCAGAUGAUUGGAGGGCCAUCCUGGACAGCAAAAGGCAGUGAGGAGCUCCUGCACGGCUCAGCCCCACAGCAGCCUGGCAUCAGGGUUAGUGGAAGUUCUGGGGCUCGCUGCUGUUGCCUUGGCAUCCUUGUUCUCCACUAAGUAGGGUGUGGAGACUUAAGCGGGAUGAGCAGUUUACGUUUCAGGUUGAAUGGAAGUGCUGUACAAGCAGAUUGUUGAUCCAGUCUUUUGGAAGAGGAUGUUCACUUGCUCGACCACAAGGGGGCACUCUGACACUUUGUAUGAAUUUGUGUUGGCGACCAGAUUUUGAACAAUCUCACUGAAUGAGAACAACAAAAGGAGUUCUUAAAACGAUACAUGGUAAGUGGAAAGGACAGAUUGUGUUGAGUGACCUCGACGGUUAUGGACUCAGUUUGCAUUCUGGAUGUUUCUCAGAUUCAGACAAAAUGGAUUUCUGAGCCACUGCAUGGUCUAUCUGUGGCCUUCAUCGCAAAAGGCUUAUCAAUAUUUAACUGCACCGUGUUGCACUCGUGAGUCAGUGUGAUGUGAUUCACAACAGGGCACUCCGCUGCACCCAAAAAAGCUCAAAAAUACACCCUGAGUCGUGGGCACUGGCGAACACAGAAACACAGGACAGUGACUUGGAGUCAAAAUUACUGUUUUAUUAGGUUGUCAUUAUUUUGCAUGUAUUGUGUAGGUAUGUGCCAUGCCACUGUUAUGUAAAUGCAAAAGUACUGUGAAAUCCACUCUGGUUUUUAAAAAGCUUAAAAGCCUACAUGGGUGCUCUUUGUUUACAAUAUGUAAUUGUUCAAUAUUUCACUGAUACACAAAUGAGAAAAGUAGCUGCACACGUGCAUCUUGCCAAACAUUGCUAGUGUAGAUUGUUGUAGGCACUGAAGACUGAGUAACAUUGGUUCAGUGUUGGUUAAUAAUGAACCAUUAUUCAAUAUUAAUAUAUCACUGACAAGUCCAUAUGUUAUUCAAAAUUGUGGUAGGGUAGCUUUGCAUGAUUCAGUUCAUAAUAAUCAUUAUUUCGUUUACAUUGGACCCUUCUGCCACCUCGCAAGUUCAACGUUGGUCAUAGACAAGCCAUACCCCCCCCCUUCCCUCCCAAAGCUAACUUUGUUCUGAUUGGCUAUCCCUCACAAACAGGAGUUUGCAUCGGGUGUAUGGAGAAUUCUGUAGGGGCUAUUUGUGCACACAUUGGCCUCAUUAUUUGAAACUUUGCCCAUGUUUAAUAUAAACAUCCACAAUUGCAACAGCAUGGAUAUGACAGAAUGCAGAAUAAGGAAAAGUGGAAAUCUAUAGGAGCGGCAACAGUAAUCACUAUGUUUUAUAAGUGGUAUGUCACCAUUCUGUUCAUAUUUUUAGAGCCGGGGUGUCCAAUCCAGUCCUUCAGAGCUACUGUCCUGCAGCUUUUACAUGCAACCCUACUCAAAGACAGCUGAAUCAAAUGACUGGAUUACCUCUUCAGCACACUAUCAAGUUUGGCAAAGGCCUGAUAACAAGCCAUUCAUUUGAUUCAGGUGUGUCAGAACAAGGAUGCAUCUAAAAGCUGCAGGACGGUACCUUUUGAGGACUGGCGUUGGACACCCCUGUUUUAGAGCUUGUUUUCAGAAGCAUGGCGCGCAAGAUUUAAGUUGUAGAAAAUGUUUUAAUAAUCCAAAAAUAAAGUUUUUAUUUCAGCUUGUCAUUAAUUACUUGAAAACUUAACUUGUAUUAAUUUUUAGAAAUUAUAUUUUUAUUAUAUUUUUUAGCAUUUAUAAAAUGUAUAAAAUCACCACUUUCUCAGUGUCACUGUCCUGCUUCACUCAUUUAAAGGGGACCUUUGUAUACUCGUUUACAGUUUUAUUCACCAACUCUACUAGAAUAUGUCUGAAUAUGAUUCACAGUUAAAAAUACCUAACCUUGGUGCGGCACCUAAUUUCAUACGUUCUCUGAGGGAAACGUGCCAAUUUCCUGUGUGCCUGCAAUAUUUGCACUCUCUGACAUCAUACAGAGCAAAGAGUUGGGAAAAAAGUACCUGAAAUGGAGUGUUUAGUGCAUUCUCGCUUUUUCUUACUUGCACCAAUGCUAACCUCAUUGGAAACUUGAUGCUUUUAACAUGAACACCCAUCAGAGUAACAGCACCUGUAGCUAGCAAAGCAGUAAUAGGUCCCCUUUAGGAUGCACAGACGGUAUGUAGAUGCUGGGAUAAAAUGCUUUUUAAUUUCUUCUGGUAUAUUUUUCAGGGACCUACGCAGUAGAUGCUAAUUAUGUGUAAUGAAAGAUGUAUGUAGUGCUGAGUGCUUGUCUUUUUGUGACUAGCUUAUACAUAUUCAAAUGUCAGUUCAAUCCAAAUGCAAAUGUUUGUUUCUGCCAGUGAAAUGUUUAGAUCCACCUCUAUUAAAACCCAUGCAAAAAAACAA